CUCCGGCCGACGGCGCCCGGGAGCCCAGCUCGCAGGCCGGUGGCAAGGGGCGGCCGGGCGCGGCCGAGCUGCCAUCAGUCAUGCUACUGAAUGGGGACUGUCCGGAGGGCCUAAAGAAGGAAGAAAGGGCUGCCGAGCUGUCCCGGGAAAAUGGUCUGGAUGAGGCCGAGCCGGGAGAGGAGACGACUGGACAGGAAGUCAUUGUCAUUCAGGACACAGGCUUUUCUGUGAAGAUCCUGGCACCCGGGAUUGAGCCCUUUUCCUUACAGGUGUCCCCCCAGGAGAUGGUACAGGAGAUCCACCAGGUACUGAUGGACCGUGAAGACACAUGUCACCGCACGUGCUUCUCGCUGCACCUGGAUGGCAACAUGUUGGACCAUUUCUCAGAGCUGCGCAGUGUCGAGGGGCUGCAGGAGGGCUCGGUGCUACGCGUGGUGGAAGAACCGUACACAGUCCGUGAGGCCCGCAUCCACGUGCGCCAUGUCCGGGACCUGCUCAAGAGCCUUGACCCAUCCGAUGCCUUCAACGGGGUUGACUGCAACUCCUUGUCCUUCCUGAGCGUCUUUACUGAUGGCGACCUGGGAGACAGCGGGAAGCGGAAGAAAGGCUUGGAGAUGGACCCCAUUGACUGCACCCCACCUGAGUACAUCCUUCCAGGGAGCCGGGAGCGACCAUUGUGUCCCCUGCAGCCCCAGAACCGUGACUGGAAGCCCCUGCAGUGCCUAAAAGUGCUCACCAUGAGUGGCUGGAACCCGCCCCCUGGGAACCGCAAGAUGCACGGGGACCUCAUGUACCUGUUUGUGAUCACAGCCGAGGACCGGCAAGUCAGCAUCACGGCGUCCACGCGGGGCUUUUACCUGAACCAGUCCACAGCAUAUCACUUCAACCCCAAGCCUGCCAGUCCCCGCUUCCUCAGCCAUUCCCUGGUGGAGCUGCUCAACCAGAUCAGCCCCACCUUCAAAAAAAACUUUGCUGUGCUGCAGAAGAAAAGGGUCCAGCGCCACCCCUUCGAGAGGAUUGCCACCCCAUUCCAGGUGUACAGCUGGACAGCCCCCCAGGCAGAGCAUGCCAUGGACUGUGUGCGUGCAGAGGAUGCCUACACCUCCAGGCUGGGUUAUGAGGAGCACAUUCCCGGACAGACCCGGGACUGGAACGAGGAGCUGCAGACGACAAGGGAACUGCCCCGCAAGAACCUGCCUGAGCGGCUGCUUCGAGAAAGAGCUAUAUUCAAGGUGCACAGUGACUUCACGGCCGCGGCUACGCGGGGUGCCAUGGCGGUCAUCGAUGGCAAUGUGAUGGCCAUCAACCCCAGUGAGGAGACCAAGAUGCAGAUGUUCAUCUGGAACAACAUCUUCUUUAGCCUGGGCUUUGACGUUCGUGAUCACUACAAGGACUUCGGUGGGGACGUGGCGGCCUACGUGGCACCCACCAAUGACCUGAACGGUGUGCGCACGUACAACGCCGUCGACGUGGAGGGGCUGUACACGCUGGGCACGGUGGUGGUGGAUUACCGGGGCUACCGUGUCACGGCCCAGUCCAUCAUCCCAGGCAUCCUGGAGCGGGACCAGGAGCAGAGCGUCAUUUACGGCUCCAUUGACUUUGGCAAGACCGUGAUGUCGCACCCUCGCUACCUGGAGCUUCUGGAACGUACCAGCCGGCCUCUCAAGAUCCUGAGGCACCGGGUGCUCAAUGACCGUGACGAGGAGGUGGAGCUCUGCUCCUCCGUGGAGUGCAAGGGCAUCAUCGGCAACGACGGGCGCCACUACAUCCUCGACCUGCUGCGCACCUUCCCCCCUGACCUCAAUUUCCUGCCCGUGCCCGGUGAGGGGCUGCCUGAGGAGUGCAGCCGCGCCGGCUUCCCCCGUGCCCACCGGCACAAGCUCUGCUGUCUGCGCCAGGAGCUGGUGGACGCCUUCGUGGAGCACAGGUACCUCCUCUUCAUGAAGCUUGCUGCCCUGCAGCUCAUGCAGCAGAAGGCCAGCAGGAUGGAGAACCCCACCUCGCUGGAAAACGGUGACUCCCCGUCCUCAGAAUCUAAGCCUGAAGACCCUCCGGGACCUGAGGCAGGAAGUGAGGAGGAAGGUGGCGGUGCUAGCGGCCUGGCCAAGGUGAAGGAGCUCGCGGAGACCAUCGCCUCAGACGACGGGACAGACCCUCGGAGCCGGGAGGUGAUCCGCAACGCAUGCAAGGCAGUUGGCUCCAUCAGCAGCACAGCCUUUGACGUUCGCUUCAACCCUGAUAUUUUCUCACCAGGGGUUCGCUUCCCAGAGUCCUGCCAGGAGGAAGUUCGGGACCAGAAGCAGCUGCUGAAAGACGCCGCUGCCUUCCUGCUCUCCUGCCAGAUCCCUGGCUUGGUGAAGGACUGCAUCGACCACGCGGUGCUGCCCAUGGACGGGGCCACGCUGGCUGAGGUGAUGCGUCAGCGGGGCAUCAACAUGCGCUACCUGGGCAAGGUGCUGGACCUGGUCCUCCGGAGCCCGGCCCGAGAGCAGCUGGACCACAUCUAUAAAAUUGGCAUCGGAGAGCUCAUCACCCGCUCUGCCAAGCACAUCUUCAAGACAUACUUACAGGGAGUGGAGCUCUCGGGCCUCUCAGCUGCCAUCAGCCACUUUCUGAACUGCUUCCUGAGCUCCUAUCCCAACCCCGUGGCCCACCUGCCCGCCGACGAGCUGAUCUCCAAGAAGAGGAACAGGAGGAGGAGAAACCGGCCCCUGGGGGCGGCAGAUAACACGGCCUGGGCUGUCAUGACCCCCCAGGAGCUCUGGAAGAACAUCUGCCAGGAGGCCAAGAACUACUUCGACUUCAGCCUUGAGUGCGAGACCGCGGACCAGGCCGUGGAGAUGUAUGGCCUGCAGAAGAUCACGCUACUGCGGGAAAUCUCCCUGAAAACCGGAAUCCAGAUCCUGCUGAAGGAGUACGGCUUCGACAGCCGCCACAAGCCCGCGUUCACCGAGGAGGACGUGCUCAAUAUCUUCCCCGUGGUCAAGCAUGUCAACCCAAAGGCCUCGGACGCCUUCCACUUCUUCCAGAGUGGGCAGGCCAAAGUACAGCAGGGCUUCCUGAAGGAGGGCUGUGAGCUCAUCAAUGAGGCCCUGAACCUGUUUAACAACGUGUACGGAGCCAUGCACGUGGAGAUCUGCGCCUGCUUGCGCCUCCUUGCUCGUCUCCACUACAUUAUGGGCGACUAUGCCGAGGCCCUGAGUAACCAACAGAAGGCAGUGCUGAUGAGCGAGCGAGUGAUGGGCAUCGAGCACCCCAACACCAUCCAGGAAUAUAUGCAUCUGGCCCUGUACUGCUUCGCCAGCAGCCAGCUGUCCACGGCCCUGAGCCUGCUGUACCGCGCCCGCUACCUCACCCUGCUCGUGUUCGGGGAGGACCACCCCGAGAUGGCGCUGCUGGAUAACAACAUCGGGCUGGUGCUGCACGGAGUGAUGGAGUAUGACCUAUCACUGCGCUUCCUGGAGAACGCGCUGGCUGUUAGCACCAAGUACCACGGGCCCAAAUCCCUCAAGGUGGCCCUCAGCCACCACCUUGUGGCCCGGGUCUACGAGAGCAAAGCCGAGUUCCGGUCAGCCCUGCAGCACGAGAAGGAAGGCUACACCAUCUAUAAGACCCAGCUGGGCGAGGACCACGAGAAGACCAAGGAGAGCUCCGAGUACCUCAAGUGCCUGACCCAGCAGGCUGUGGCCUUGCAGCGCACCAUGAACGAGAUCUACCGCAACGGCUCCAGCGCCAACAUCCCGCCCCUCAAGCUCACAGCCCCCAGCAUGGCCAGCGUCCUGGAACAGCUCAACGUCAUCAACGGCAUCCUCUUCAUUCCUCUCAGCCAAAAAGAUUUGGAGAAUCUGAAAGCCGAGGUGGCGCGGCGGCAGCAGCUCCAGGAGGCCAGCAGAAACAGGGAGAAGGCUGAGGAACCCAUGGCCACCGAGCCUGAGCCAGCAGGGGCCCCAGAGGACUCAGCCUCCCAGCCCCGGGCUGCCAAGGACCCUUCUUCCCCAAGCUUGCAGGGGUAGAAAGGGAGAGACAGAUGGACAGUCAGCCGGCUGCCCCGUUACCCAGUGAUCCAGACUCCAGGAGAAGGGGGGCAUGCCCUGCAGAUCGGGAGAGGAAACAGGUCCCUCUUCUUCCAUGUUUCCAACCCCAACCCCACCCCCAAGCAUCCUCCUGGGACCCUGGCCUGCCUGCCCCCUCCCCAAAGACGUUUUUGCACUGGUUCAAUGAAUAUACGAUGCAGAGGCCUAAUUGAAGACACGUGGAUGGAGUGUGUGGGCAUCCGUUCCCAGUUGGGGGGCCAGUGCCCCCUCGGGCCCCCCCCAGCAGGUGUGUGCGAGUGUGUCCGUGCCUGUGUGUGUCGGUCCGUCCUUCCUAACCUGUACAUAGCCC